CGGUCCUUGUGACGUACUACACAAUAACCCCGGAAGUACAAUCAAGACAAUCACCUGCAACAGUUUAACAGCGAAAGUACAAUGAAAACAAAGAUAAUAUUUUUGUUAGUUAUAAGUUAUAUUGUAAUUUGUGUUGGACAGGAAAGUAAACCAAUUUUAACAACAGAUUCAGACACUGAAAAUCCAACAAAAUCUUUAGAGAAUGGUGUGAAAGGACUUGUUAAAAUUGUUCAUAGUUUUUUAAAAACAGUGCAAAGUGAAGAUUUCGUUGGAAAAACUGAAGGGCCAAUUUCAUUUACUGAUGUUGAAGCCAUAAUAAAAAGUGGAGAUUAUGGUGAACUUAGUGGUAGAUGGAGAGAUUUGGUGGCAGUGUUUGGAGGGUUUGCUGCCUGUGUAGUGAUAGGACUAUUGUUUGUAUUAUGUAUGCCAUUGGCUGGUUUUGGUGGCAGUAUUUGGAGGACUUGUACUGCCUGUGUAGUGAUAGGACUAUUGUUUGUAUUAUGUAUGCCAUUGUUGGUGGCAGUAUUUGGAGGGUUUGCUGCUUGUGUAGUGAUAGGACUAUUGUUUUUGGUGGCAGUGUUUGGAGGGCUUACUGCCUGUGUAGUGAUAUUUAACCUGUUAUUUCUGUUUUCAGUUGGUGGUAGUGUUUGGAGGUUGGUGGCAGUGUUUGGAGGGCUUACUGCCUGUGUAGUGAUAUUUAACCUGUUAUUUCUGUUUUCAGUUGGUGGUAGUGUUUGGAGGUUGGUGGCAGUGUUUGGAGGGCUUACUGCCUGUGUAGUGAUAUUUAACCUGUUAUUUCUGUUUUCAGUUGGUGGUAGUGUUUGGAGGUUGGUGGCAGUGUUUGGAGGCUUUGCUGCCUGUGUAGUGAUAGGACUACUGUUUGUAUUAUGUAUGCCAUUGGCUGGUUGUAUCACAUGUUGUUGCUACUGUUGUUGUAAGAAGUGUGGGAAAGCCUCGUCCAAAGAAGAUCCUAAGAAUGCCAAGUGUAAAAGAGUUACAUUUGGAUCCUUUUUGUUUAUAUUUACUGUGUUAAUUUUAGUUGGUGCUAUAUUUUCUGUGAUAUCCAAUGAAAUCCUACAUUCCAAGUUAGAAAAUGUCAAUGACCAGGGACCAAUCGGACAGGUGAAGUCAUCUCUGGAUGGUUUGGUAGACUUUGCUGGAGAAACUGCCAAUGAAAUUGUACAAUCAUCUGAAAAAACUGUUAUAGACACAGUUAAAGAACUAUUAAAGAUAAUUAAAGGCGCAUCUGAGCAAACUGUACAAGAUAUACAGAAUUCCAUUAAUGCAACAGAACUUUUGAACCAGGUAGAGAGUUUAGGAGAAAAUGCUAACAUAUCGGCUGAAAGUCUUACUGUUGUCACUAAAGAAGUGACAUCCCUGAAGGAUUUAGGAACAAAUACUACAACGAAACUAACUGAUGUGAAAAAUAAUAUCACAGCAAUUUGCAAUGGAAACCCUCAGUGUCCUAUAAACACAGAUGGUCUGAAUUUGGCAACAGAUUUCUCACAGCUGGAUGAUUUAGGAAGUAUUGGUGCUAUAGUACAAGCUGUAACAGAUAUUUCUAAGAAGGCUGGUGAGGCAAGGGAACAAUUUAAUGGUGUAAAGGAUACAAUUCAGACAGAGUUGUCAGGAACUAUAACUGAUGCAGAAAAAAAGACAAAUCAAACAAGAGAUGAUAUAUUAAAGGAAAUUCCUAGCAUAAGAGAUACCUUGAAAAACAUAACAAAAAAUCUGAACUUGACUGAUGGACUUAAUGAUGCAAAUGAGUCUAUAAAGCAAUAUGGUGAUUAUGUAUGGUAUGCUUUCAUCGGUGUGCCUUGCCUAACUUUGUUGGUUGUUGUGUUUUACCUGUUUGGUCUGCUGUUCGGUAUAUGUGGAGAAAGGCCUGGGAGAGAUGCCAGAUGCUGUAACAAAGGAGCAGGAAGUAAUAUGCUUUGUUGUGGUGUGGUAUGUUCGUAUUUGAUUGGAAGCGUGAUUAUGUUCGUAGUAAUCUUAAUGUUUAUACCAUUUGGGUUACUGUAUACCAAUGGUUGUCGAUACCUCAACGAUGGGGUAGAGAAUAUACAGAGAUUUGAGUUUGUAAUAAGUGAAUCUAUGGGAUAUAAUAUAUCUGAAUUUAUUGACCCUAAAGGAAAAUCUGGAGGCAAUAUAACUGUUGGAAGUAUUUUGGGAAACUGCAAGAAAAAUAUGGGAGUCUACAGUGCAUUCCAUUUGGAAAAUUUAUUUUCACUGGAUGAAAUUCUUAACAUGACAAAAAUCACUUCAGAAAUUGACAAAAUUGUUGCUGAAGGAAGCAAAGCUAGUUUAGGAAAUAUUACCAUCAUUCCAGAUGAUUUGAAGAAACAGUUAACCGAUUUUGCAGGAGCAGGAAUAAACAAUAUUAAUUUUACACAAUAUGAAGAUUUAAACAAAGAUAGUGUUCCCAAUUUGAAUUCAAUAAUGGAUGAAUUGAACAGUACAGCUCAUCAACUACAAGAAUCAGGUGACACUGUAACUUCUAAGCAGCUCUUGAAUGAGUGGGAAAAAUUAUUAAGGAUUCAGCAACACGAAAUACCACUCAUUAAUCAAGCCAAGGGAAAUUUAACAGGAGCUCUUGAUAAUUUGAAGAAUCAGACAAAUUUAAAUGAUCAAGUUCAGAAUGUAAUAGACAGCUUGACUACAUCUCAGAAUACAUUCAACCAAGAAUCAACAAGAAUAUUGAAAGAGAGUUUAGUGGCCACGUCACAGACGCUUGUGAACACAGUCUCAGACCAGUUGAACAAAGUCAAAACAGAUAUAAGAUCCUAUGGAAAGUGUGAGCCAGUUUAUAAGAAUGUACAACAGUUAUCCGAUGCUUUUUGUGUUACAUUUUUAGAUCCUGUGAAUUCUAUAUGGUUUGGAUUAGGCUGGGGACUAGCCUUCUUUAUACCAGCUAUAAUAUUUGCCCUUCUGACUGUCAAUCUGUACCAGAGAGAAGAACCAUAUGAUACAGGUUUCCACAGAACUAGAAAAAUGUUGAAGGCUAGAGAUAAGGAGGAAUCUACAUUUGACAACCCUGACAUUGAUAGAUAUCAAGGUCAAGGUUAUGAUGCAUAUGGUGGACCAGGAGCAGACAACAUUCCACUGACAGGCGUGGGUCAGAAUCGUGACAGAAAUCAUAGUGGUGGUGGUGGUGGUGUGCCUAAUCAAGGUUACUAUUCUCCUGAACAUCGGGGAGGUCAUCCAGAUCACCGUAAUAGUCGUUAUCCCGACCACAGACAGAGUAGUGGAGGUUAUUCUGAUCACAGAAAUAGUGGAGGUUAUCCCUCCGCACCCCCUCCAUAUAAUGGACAUGGCUAUGAUGACGGUCCUGCUAAAAAAUAUAGACCCCAAUAUUAAACAAUAUCUAUGUAUUAUUAGUAUGACAGAAACAGACACAGUAUCUACUAGUUGUUUUCCUGUGGCGGGGAACAUUUCCAAACUAGUCCAUUCCAGUCUUUUGUACAGUGUCCUCAUAACCAUAUCAUAGUUAUCAAGAUUAUCAUCUUAUCUUACUAUCAUGUUGAAAACUUUGUAUCACAAACGUCCCUCAUGAAAAUUUAUUGCCAAAAUAAAAAUUCCUAUUGAUCAUGUUGAUAGGAAAUGGUGCAUGUGUAUGGAUUAAUAAUGUUCUUACUACAUUUAUAUUUUUGAAAAUGGCAUCAAUAUUUAUAGAUUUUUAUGUCUAAGUCUCGAAGAUGCAAUGACCAAUUCUUGCCAGACAUACAGUCAAAUCUGGUAAUUUUGUUUGUCAUAUAAGUCAAUUCUUUUCACUUACGUUAACAUUUGAUUCAUGGAGAAACAGGACAAACAAAGUUACCAGCAUGCAUUGUUUAUUUUUAUAACUGUAAUUUUAUUAUAUGGUAACAAUAAACAGAUUGUCGUAUUAUAUAAUUAAUAUAAACAGAUUGUUAUGUCUAACUCAAAAGAUUUGAUAAUAAUUGGUCAUCAAAAUUUAAUCAAACAUGGGGAAUAUAUUUUUUGUGAUUUUAUGAAUAAAUCAAUGCAAACUGUCAUACAUAUUUUGUAAGACAAUAAUGAAAUUGUGUGUUAAUCGUUUGGAAUAUUUUUUGUAUAAGUGUUUUCUUUGUUUUUCCUAUUGGUUACAUGAUGGGUUACUAUUAUGUUAGUUUAUAAUGCAAGUUAUCUAAAAAAAUUGCUUUGAAAAAAAAAGAACUAAUUUUGUUAUGAGGUUCAAUGUAUAUUAUAUCAUUAUUGAAAACCUAUACUUUUUCUUAACAAAGAGGUUAUAUGAGAGAAUUUUUAUUGACAAUGACUUUGUUUUUGAGAAAAAGAAUUUUUAUUGACAAUGACUGUUUUUGAAGGUAUACACAUUUAUAUCAUAUCUUACUAGCUCUAUCUAUUCUUUUGCGAACCAUUGCAUGUCAUUUUAAAAUGGCAAGUUUGUCAAAGAAACUUAGUACUAUGGAGCUGCAUAAUAAAAAAAAUAAUAGUAUUGAUACAAAAAGAUUUAUGAGCCAAAUAAUUUGCAUAAUAAGCAUUCCAUAUCUUUUCCUGCUCAAUUGUUCUCUUUACUUCCAGGUUCUCAGGGAUGACUGGUUUAUUAGGGGUUCAUAAUCUUUUUGACAAUCAGUUCUUUAAAAUUGACAUAUCAUUAUGCUGUCCUAAACAAAGAUAAAUAUUAUAGGUUAUAAUGCUUGAGCACUGUUGUUAGGAAUGGUUCAGGCAUAAGUGUUAUAAUUUUAUCACCAUGAUAUUGUGGUAAAUCUAUAUUAGGUCUUGGAACAAAGUUACCAUCCACUGAUUUUUGUUGUCUACAACUAUGGUCCCUAGUGUCGACAGUGUGUUACCUGCCUUUUUUUAAAACCCUUUCCAAAUUUAUUUCUUCUUGUGUUAUGCCUCAAUGGUAAGAAGGGGGAUGAAACUACACUUCAAAAAAAUUUGGUUCAUCCCAAAAAAGAAAUGUACCAUCACUUCAAAAGUAGAAAAAAAGUAUAAAUUCAGGAAUGUAUGAUUUUUUAUGAAGGGUUAAAAGCUUUUGUCUGUAUUCAAUAUUCAAUUGUAGUAAAUGAUAUGCAUAAAAUUUCUAAUUUUUGUCAAAUUUGCUAUAAAUAAUUGCUUCUUUACUAUGUUAUUAUAUUCUUUUUUAAUUUCACUUUAUUGAGAUCAUAUCCAAAUAGUUAAGGUCUUAUUAGUUUUUGCAUAAUUUUGAAUAUUUUCAAAAGAGGGGUUAGAUGUUGGCAAUUACAGGCCUGUAGCCAGGAAUUUCCAAAGGGGGGUUCUGGGACUAACAAACUUGACUUUAACAGUCACAAUUUGAACAGAACAUUGACUUUAACAGUCACAAUUUGUUUUCAAGGGGGGGGGGGGGGUUCGUCCGAACCCCCCUGGCUAUGGGUAUGGCAAUUAUAACACCUCUUGCCAUCUAUGAGUUAGAAUCAGAGCAUUGAAUAUAGAGCAGAUAUUUCUAUCUUGACUUAUGCAGUGAAAAUCAUUCCAAAACUGCAUUUUGCUUCUUUUUUUCCUGAAAUUUGUGAUCUCUCCUUGAUGUUAUGUGAUGAUCAUUGCCUUUCAACAAACUAAUCCAUCCAGAUAAACUCUAUGCAGACAGAAAUAUCAUUCCAGAAGAAUUGUAAAUAUUUGUUGUUUUGUACUGCCAAAUUUUUAAAUGGCAAUGCAUUGUUAAGAAUAUUUUAAACAUAUCGUGAAAUACAUAUUUUUGUAUUUUUUUCUCAGAAUUCCAGAACAAUCUGUCAUCAUAUCUUUAUAUACGAGAUUUAUCAUAAUUUUUCUUGUCUCUGAUAAAUUAUUAUUUUAAUUUGUCAAAAUUCGAUUAUUUUGAUUUGUCAUAAUUCAAUUAUUUUAAUUUGUCAUAAUUCAAUUAUUUUAAUUUUUCAUCAUUCACUAUUUUAAUUGUCAUAAUUCAAUAUAUUUUUGUAUGUAAAUAAUUGUGUAAUUUUUAUGUUACAAGAAAUCCAAUGCAUAAUGCCAUUACUUUUUUGUGUAAUCAUGAUAUAGAAUAUAUUUAAUUGUAUAAAUAAUUUUAUUAUUACCAUUAUACAUGUAUAUUUACAUUUAGAUUUACCUUCUGUUUUUCUUAGUUAUAUUAGCUUUAUUUGGGUUUUAAUAUAUGCCAACAGAUAGUGUUUUACUUGCAGUGUGCAAUAUGCAGUUUAUUUUUUGAUUGAAAUUGGCAAUAUCCAGAUAUAGCCAGAAUUGGUAUCUUUGACAUAGAAGUACAAACAGGAAAUGAUGAUUUUUUUAAAUGAUUUAAUAGUCACAAGAAUAUUUGUGCAAUAACUGUUUCAUUGAAUGUAAAAACUUUAAAAAUGAAAAAGAUAAAAUUGAGGAAGGAUUGGGAAUGUGUCAAAGCGACAACAACCCAACCAUAGAGCAGACAACAGCUGAACGCCACCAAUGGGUCUUCAAUGAAACAAGAAUCCCCACACCUGUAGGUGACUAGGUGUCCUUUGGCGGACACUAUUUAAAAAUUCUUUUAAUGUAACAGUUCUCAUAAGUGUUGGUCCAGUGCGGUACUAGGGAAAUUUUACCUGCCAGUACAGUUUUAUCAAAUUUAGCCUGAGUGCAGUACCAAAUGUUUUAAAAAGAUCAUUAAAGUUUGUCAUAUCUAUAAAGAAUCUUUAGUUAACCUUUUUUAGAUGCUUAUACUAGUUUUUAUCAACAAUUUAGCCAUGGAUAAAAGUAUCAUGUGCAUAUAGUGGGAAAGAAUAUUAGAUAGUAAUAUUUCAAUUGGUAUCAUUGUUUCAUUGUUAGGGUGAAUAAUGUUUUAAUUGAAUUGUUUAUGAAGAACCUUGACAAAGAUUUUUUUUAAAGUUUUAAUCUUCUUUUUUUUUUAAACAGUAACACUAUUUACUUUUAAGGAUAUGUUCUUCUAGAAAGUUAUUAUUAUAAAGCAUGUCUUUUUAUUUUAUUUUUUUUCUUAAAUUGUUAGUUCUGUUAAUAUUAAUUAUUUCAUUAUGAUUUCUGAAGGUUCAGAGUUGUUGGUUUCGUUACAAAUUCACAGAUUCUGAUUGGGAGUUUUUUCGCCUAGUUUAGAAAAAAACAUUAUCUUCCUCAAAAUUUAGUUGAAUACCUUCUUUGGUAUUAACUUGCUGGUUGUGAUAUGUCCUACUUUAAAUAUGUGAUCUCUGUUGCUGCUUUGUACAAUGUCAGAAGCUUUAUUUAAUGUUUGAUACGCUUUGUGAUCUUGAUAUUGUGAAGUUUUUCGUUGAAUUUGAAAAUUUGUUACAACUGAAUAUUCAAAAGAGUUCUUGUGUUACAGGAUAAUAUUUCUGCAUAUUGGGCCAAAUUUUGGAGGUUUUAAUGAACAAUAUGCAUUACAAUUGUUACAUUCACUUAAUAAAUUAAAAAGACAAAAUGAAGUUUAAAUGUUUAAGUGUAAACAGAACGUUUUAUGAAUUGUUAUAUGUAGCAAUUUGAAAUGUUUUUCUUUUUAUAUAAUCUCAAAAUUUGGACCAAGUUAAAGCCACUUGGAAAGUUGUGAAAAUCACUUCAUUGAGGAUUUUAUAUCAUUUAAGUAUAAAUUACAGAAGUCUUUUAAGUUAUUUCUUUAAUUUCUAGUAUCAAAGGUAAAAGUGAAUAUGUAGAUUGUUAAUGAGCUGUUUAAAACUUUCCUUUUUUUUUAUUUGAGAAAAAUCAAUUGUUAGCUUUAUUGUUUAUUUUUUGUUUAAUAAUUUUACUAACAUUAUACAGAGAUGAUUUGACACAAUUAUUUUCAAAUGAUUCAUGAGAAGUUUUAGGUUUUAUUUUGGUCUUUCUUAAAUCUUCUGCAGUGUUUUUAUGUUUUAAAAGUUCUUAAACUUUACCUCACUAUGCUUUGAAAUGUUGAUUUAUCCAAAUGACUUAGGUUCAAAAGUCACCAACUUAUGAUCAUGACAAAGUGUUCUUUAAUACAAUUUAAAUUGACCAUACAGAUUUACUUUUUAUCCAAAUGUAUAUUUUGAAUGUGCCUUAUUUUUUUCAUUUACAUGUAUUUGUAAAAGUUUCACUGAUCAAUAAAUGUACUUUUACAUGGUAAAA